GUGGCCUCGAGCAUAGCUCGAGACUCAAAAAAAGAAACACUCCUCGCGAGCGACAGAUCAGAGGGAACGCCGCGUCAUGAUCCUCAAGAGCGGCUGCAGGUGAAACCCCUUCCGGUCCGCUGCUGGGCAGGUUCUGUAAGUCCCCCCCCCCCAUCAUGCCGGUGGACAUCAUGCCUCUCUUCCUGUCCCCCUCCUCCUCCUCCUCCUCAGAAGAAGACUUCCUCUACAUCUCGUCUUCUGAGCCUCGGGAAGCGUCUCCGGAGGAACCAUCCUGCAGGAAGGAGUCCGGGAAGAAGAAGAAGCAGGUGACGUUUGCAGAUCAUCGGGGUCUCGCUCUGACUCGGGUCAAGGUUUUCUGUCCGCUCAGCGACGUCCGGAUCCCUCGGAGGGUCCGGAAGAGGCUCAGUUCCUCUCUUAAGGACCUUCAGGACUCUCUGGUUCUGGACCUUCAGGACUCUCUGGACUCUCAGGACUCUCUGGUUCUGGACUCUCAGGACCUUAAGAACUCUCUUAGGGUCCGUCAGAGUUUCAGUUCAUCUCCUCAGGACUCUCUGGUUCUGGACUUCGACCCGCCGGCCUUGGACUACCUUAGUUUCCGGCGCCGGCUGGACUCGGACCAGGUGUGUUUGUACCACUGUGUUCUGGACGGGGGGGUUCUGAGUGGCUCGGUGCGCGUCAGGAACGUUUGCUUCCAGAAAGCCGUGAAGCUCCGCCUCUCGAUGGACGGCUGGCGGUCUCACCGAGACCUGGACUGUGACUUUGAGAGGGACUCGUACCCGAGUUCCGGCAGCGACUCCUUCUCCUUUUCCUUCCUGCUGCCCCCCCGCCUCCAGACAGGGGAGUUUGCGGUGUGUUUUCAGACGGGGGGCGGGCAGGAGUUCUGGGACAGCAACCAGGGCCAGAACUACCACAUCGUGCUGGCCUCAAAGAAGACCCGAUGCCCCGAUAACGCCUCUGGUUUCGGGGUUCACUUCGACCGGUACGGCAGCCCCUCCUGCUCUCAUGGGAUCCUUCCUGAUUGGCCGAGCUACGCCAGGUACGAGAACACAGGGCCGUACUACUGACGGGAAGUGGAGGUCACCUGAAUACUGACGGGAAGUGAAGGUCAACUGACUACUGACGGGAAGUGGAGGUCACCUGACUACUGACGGGAAGUGGAGGUCACCUGACUACUGACGGGAAGUGGAGUUCACAUGACUACUGACGGGAAGUGGAGGUCACAUGACUUUACCGACCAAUCCUCACUGAGAAAUAUCUGCAACCAAACGGCGUCUUCUCGCUUCGUGUUUUCAGUAUUAAAUGUCAAUUUUAUGUCAAUUUUCUCUCAUUAACAGAGAAAGGCAGCAUUUAAGAGGUUAAAACUGCAUCUCUGCCACUUCUGCAUGAAGAAUAACUUGGUUUUUAUCUAGAAAUGUUGCAGGAAUCUUGUUUUGUAUAAAACUUUUCAUGCAAAAUGCUAUCCUGUUAAAUAGUGAACUGCUGCUGUUCUCUGUGAAUGUCUUUGACAAAAACCCACAUUUAAACCCAUGCUGAGAUGCUCAUCUUUCUUUGUUUUAUGCAACAAAUCAAUAAUCUAGAAUCUAAUCUGCAGAUUAAUUUAAUUGAUAUAUUUAUUUGCAGCUCGUGUCUGGAUAUAUUUGAUAUGUGUUGCCUUUGGAAACAGCUUUAAGCCGUGAACUGAUUCUGAAUAUUUGCAGAUUUCUCAACAGUUUAUCGGCUCUUUGUUUCCCAACCGGCUGUCAGAGUCCACGUUACAGCGGACCCAAAUGUGAGCAGAGACAUGUCUCCUCACAUGUAGGGAGACAUGUCUCUGCUCACAUGUGAGUCCACGUUACAGCGGACCCACAUGUGAGCAGAGACAUCAUGUCUGCAGGAAACACUCUACAGACAGUUUCUGUGUUUUUAGGUCCGUCUGCAAUGAAAAGUGCAAUUAAUGUUAAUUUAUUGUUGUUUUUAAAAAUCAUUGACGUGAUCACUGAAUGCUGCUCAAUGAGAAUGUUCUUAACUAUGAAAUGUUAUUAAAGUUUUAAAUCUGUCUGGUGUCUGCACGAGGGGAGACACAGAAAUA